AGCGGCAUGAUUUUGGUACCGCCUAAAACCGUAGCAUUGUAUCUCCGUACUCUGGCGUUGAGCAUCUUAUUAAUUUCUGCUAAAACGGCUGGCUGACUAGGGCGUCAGCUGAUUCAUGUUUGUGCAAAAUUUCUAUUUCAUUGACAACCCACGUGUAAAAUUUUUACGAAAUUUAAGCAAAUUUAUUUCCGACAUAUGUCUUGCAUUUCGUAUCGAUUUGAUAUUAAUUGUGCAGAAAUUGAGUUGAACUAACCUAACGUGACCCAGCAUUACAAACGUCUGACAGGUGGAUGACGUUUAAUGUAUCACACGAACUACAGGAUUAGUCGUGUGUAAAUUUUUACGAAUUUGUGAAAAAUCUAGUUUUUACUCAUGAAAAUAAAUGAGAAAAAUAUGGUAGCCUUCGCGACAUCCGCAACCCCGGUGGAUCGUGAAGGCUGGCUCAAUAAACGUGGUGAAGUCAAUCGUGGAUAUCAAAGAAGAUGGUUUGUCUUAAAAGGAAACAUUCUCUUUUACUUUGAUCGUCGUGGCGAUAAGGAACCAGUAGGAAUGAUCGUACUUGAAGGAUGCACCAUUGAACUUGCUGAAGACGAGGAACAAUUUGGUUUUAAAAUAGUUUUUCAUGGACCCAACAACAGAAGCUAUGCAUUGGGUGCAGACUCUCAGGAAUCUAUGGAACAGUGGAUGAAAGCAUUAGCUUGUGCAAGCUAUGAUUAUAUGAAGCUGAUGGUUGCCGAACUGCAACGACAGUUGGAUGCUGCUGAGGAGGAGACUGUCGCUGUUACACCACCUCCUGAAUCUCCAAAAGUACCACCAAGGCAUAGACAUAAUCCUUUUAACCGACCUGAAUCUCAUCAGCGUUCGCAAAGUGUUAGAUCAGCACCUGGAAGAACUGAAAAUAUACCCCGAACGAGAGUAACAUUUCGGGAACUGCACACUGCAUAUGGGAGAAGAGUGUUAGCUGAUCUCAAUGAAUGGAGACAUGCCAAAAGAAAUGCAGAAGCUCCAUUGAUCACACUUUAAAUAUCAUAAAUAGUUGUUAAGUUGUACAUACAAAUUCUAUGUAAGAACUCAAAUUGUCCUUAAUGUCCAAAGAUACUUCCAGUAUGAUAAUAGUACUUAUUAGAAAUCAUUUAAUCUUAGUGCAAUUAAUGUCUCUUUAAUGGAGAAUUAUUCUUAAAUUAUCUCCCACUAAUAUUAAAAUAUCUAUACAAAAAUUUGGACCCACCUUUAAUCUAAGAAACUCAUUGUCAAGAAUAAGAACAAAAGAUGUGCUUGGCAGAACAAUAAAAGAAUCGUGGUAUUUUAUAAA